UUCACUCACUAUCAAAAACCGCACCCCACGCUCUUCAUUCUUCACAAUUCAACUUCACUCUCCAAAACCCUUUCUCUUCUCUGUAACCGUUUUUCUCUCUUCCAACUUCAAUCACCAUGACGAAAACCGUUUCCGAUGCCAAACCUGUUGAUAACCGGUUGAAGCGCAAGGGCGCUGGAGCUGGAACUAAGCAAUCGAAGAAAGCUAACAAGGAUCCAAACAAGCCUAAGAGGCCUCCAAGUGCUUUCUUCGUGUUCAUGUCUGAAUUCAGAGAGCGAUUCAAGAAGGAGAAUCCUAACAACAAAUCCGUCGCUGUGGUUGGGAAAGCUGGCGGAAAAGAAUGGAAGCUGAUGACUGCUGCGGACAAGGCUCCGUACAUGGCCACUGCUGAGAAGAAGAAGGAAGAGUACGAGAAGGCUAUUCGUGCUUACAACCUUGGCUUGUCUGAGGGCAAGACCGAGGAAGAGGGAUCUGACAAGUCAAAGUCAGAAGUGAAUGAUGAAGAUGAUGAUGAUGAUGAUGAUGAUGAGGAGGUUGCGUAGAGAUGAUGGAGGCAGAAGAAGCUUAGGAUUUACUGCAAUAGAAUAAUUUUCUUAACAGUUUAUUAUGAAUUUAGGAGACUUUGUAAUCACAGCUAUUUGUUACAAAUAGUUCUUAAUGUUAGGGUUUAUCUUAGUUAUCAAACUUAAUUUUAGGCUCAGCCUCCUCAUGAUCUGUACUUAAUCCAUCCCUAUUAUUGAUACAGUCUCAGUUUGUUAUGGUGCA